UCCAGGCGACAAAUGCAAAGGAACACGAUGGUCUCCAAGCGUUUUAAUCGUCAAAAACUCAUAGAAAUGGAUAGCGCAGAUCUAGAGAGGAUUGUGAAAAACCUAGUCUGGCUUCGAUUUUCAAAACCGAUUAACUACAUCGAGGCACAGGACUUCCUUAAUAAGCUGUCACAGGAUGUUGACAUGAAACCACCGGUCGCAUCAUUUCAACUUGACCGAUCUGGGAAAAUUCUGCAAUUUCACGUCCCUUUUCAAGCUGGCUUAACUGCUGACGAUGUGAUUGCUUCAUUAUUGCGCUUUGGUGAGGUCCGGUCUCAGGUGGAGGUAGGAACCAGUCUCGUCUGUUCCCGUGCCGACCUCCGGAUCCUCACUGAACUAAAUGGCAUACCAUACCAACCAUACAAAACCGGUGGUUUUCCGAAUUCUGGCCCUGAGAACCGCAAUCUCACUCCCCAGUCGAGAAACCGAAUUUCCAGGGCCAGCUUUGUUGCCAUCAUAAUAUUCUGCACCAUCGCCGUGAUCGCUGCCUUCCUACUCUUCCUGCAAUACAUGGUACGAUCGGGCCGUUGUUUUAACCGCAAGGGCUCAGGCGAAUCGAUUCUCACUAAGGCACAGUAUGGUGAAGAGGACUCAGAGAAAAUGAUGCCCAAUCUCUCCUCAGAGUCACCUGGAUCACCACCGCCCUAUCACGACAGUUAUGCAUCUCGUCUUUCAGAGUUAACUAACAUCGUCAAUAGGGCUCUGUGCUCUUUACGUAACAUGGAUGUUACCAAUCUCUUCUUACUCUUCAAAGCGCCAUUCUAA